AUCAAGAUGACAUUUUUAGUAAAGAACACCAGAACAACCUAAGAAGUUUAAAAGGUGAAUCAGGUGGACAAAACUGGCAGUUUCAGAUGAUGACUCGAACCUCUUGUGUUUAGUGCAAAAUAACGUCCCUAAAUAACCUCCCACGCAUUCAAAUGAGGACCAAACAAGCGCGUUUUAAAGCAGUGAUGACAGAGGAUUUAAUCCGUGACGCGGGCUCGCGCGCAUCAAAAGAGUCGCGCGCAAUUGCGCGUGGGCUCCUCUCUUUAUGGCACGAGCCAUACAGGUAUAAAACCAGGCGACGCACGACUCAGAUUGCAGAAAAUUGGAGAAGUCGAGACCCACCGAGCAAGAAGGGCAAUCAAGACCUCAUUCAAGGAAGUAUGCAUCCAAACAUGAAAAUGUGGAUCGGUUGGGCAGCGUGUGCCUUCCUCUUGUUCGCCUGCUUGGGAACUCUUACGGAAGGGUAUCCAACAAAACCCGACAACCCGGGAGAGGACGCACCUGCGGAGGAGCUCGCCAAGUACUAUUCUGCGCUAAGACACUACAUCAACCUAAUAACAAGGCAGAGGUAUGGCAAAAGGUCCAGCGCUGACACCUUAAUAUCAGACCUUCUGAUUGGUGAAACAGAGUCCCACCCCCAGACCAGAUAUGAGGACCAUUUGGUGUGGUGAUCUCAGCAAUUGUGUUUACGCAGUCAUGUCCAUGUGUCAUCCUGUUAUACAGUCACCAAAUCUCAUCAAAUUGAAAUCUUCUGUAUCAUCAAGAUCAACAACUUGCUGUGAAGUACCACAGCCAUAAUCAGGAUAGUGAAAACACUGCAGAACAUUCAAAUAACACAUCAAAUCCUUAUGUCUGUACAUGUCUAUGUGAAAUGCAUACAUAUGGUUGCACUGGAUAUGGCCUUGUUGACGCGUGCUGUCUCUGGACUCACCGAAGGUCAAUCAGCUGUUCAACAAGACAAUUGUACAGAGACUUACUGUGUGUAUUUGUGUUGUGUCCAUUGUAAACCCAAAUAUCAAAAGAGAACAUUACUAACUGUACAGUAUAACAGUGCUAAUAAAGUUCACUAUAUUUGAAAGAGUC